AUGGCUAGUCCAACUACUCAAAUUGCAGCAGUAAUCCCCGCAUUGGGUCCAAGCGACGUAUCGAAUGUGCAGAUUAGCAACACCCAUCCGGUGCCCAGCCCUGGAGAAGGCGAGGUGCUUAUCAAGUUGGAGUUCUCGGGAGUUUGCCAUUCCGAUGUGCAUAGCAUUCGAGGUGAUACGCCCAUGCGAACUGAUGUAGCUGGCCAUGAAGGUGUCGGCAAAGUAGUAUCUGAAUGUCCCGGGGACGUUUCAACCCCAGCUAUCCAUGCUACCAAAAUACCAGCAGGGCUGUCUCCCGAUCUAGCAGCACCUUUACUAUGCGCUGGAAUCGCCAUGUACUCCUCGAUAAAGAAAAGCAAAGCCAGACCAGGUGACUGGCUUGCCAUCCUGGGCGCCGGUGGCGGCUUAGGGCAUAUGUACGUCAACAUUUGCGGCCAAUGGCAGAAAACCAUUGAUGAUAUUCUAUAUUAA